CCCGCACUGUUCUUCGUCCCCUCCCCUCCCUCCCCAACGGGAGAGAAUCCGAUCGAAAUGCAGCCGCCCCCGCGGACCCCCGUUGCGCCGCGGGCGUCGACCCCUCGCCGGGGCAUGCCGCCGUCGCUGCUCAGCCCGUCCUACUCCCGGCGCGCGUUCCCCGCCACCGCCGCCUCCGCCGCCGCCGCCGCCUCCGCCGCCAGCGACCUAGACGCCGCCGAGCGCCCCUGCGUCACGAUGUUCGAGUGGUGGCUGACGAGAGUGGAAGGGGACGACCGGAAGAUCGCCGUCGGGGGCUUAUUUGAAAGGAACCAAACAGUCCAGGAGUUCGCUCCUGCAACCAUUACAAAGCGCUAUGAGACUUGUGUUGUUGAAACUGAAGAUGGAAUUGUACUUCUCAUCCGUGGCUCACUCAAUGUUUCGCGAACGAUCGCCAAUGGAUAUUCGAGUAAGGUCUGUGAAAACUUCAUGAUCGGAUUUCCAUGCUGGUGGCAAAGUUGCAACCUGCUUUAUCCCAAGGAGACAGGCACUGGCAACUCAGAAGUGGAUUCAACUCGAUUUUACUUGGAGAAAUUUCAACUGGGGGAACGCUUCCAUUCACAUGGAACAUCUUUGCUCAGCGAACUUCUUAACAGUGUUAGGAGUUACUCACGCAAUGAUGCUGCCUUCCAAAAAUCUUCGCAUUUGCCAAAUGGAGCACCAAGAUUUGAGGAAUACACUGGUGAUGGUGAUAUUGCUAUAAAUGAAAAUGCUGCUGCCUCAAAUGACGACAGAGAAAGACAUGAAGCUGCAUGUAAUGAGGUGUAUAAUGUGGAUAUGCACAUGACUGCAUGCAGAGCUUUAAGAGAAAGAGAUGGUGGUUACAUUGAUACUCAUGCAUCUUUAGUGCUCACUGUGGAGUGUCCUAAUGAUGCAGCCAAUAAAGAAGCAGACAGUGCUACACCCACGAGUACAUGUGAUCAGAGAAAAGCACAGCAUGUUGCACUGAGUAAGAAGGCAGCAUCUAAACAAAAUGAAGAUGUGCCAACUUCGGUUUGUUUAGAUGUGCAAAACUCCUAUCUUCCAAAUAGAACGCCAAGGUUUGAGGAAUACACUUGUGAUGGUGAUAUUGCAACAAAUGAAAAUGCUGCUGCCUCAAAUGAUGAUAGAGAAAGAGAUGAAGCUGUAUGUAAUGAGGUGGAUAAUGUGGAAAUACACUUGACUGUUGACAGAGCUUUAACAGAAAGAGAUGAUGGUGAUAUUGAUAUUAAUGCAUCUUUAGUGCUUACAAUGGAGUGUACUAAUGAUGCUAGUAAUGAAGAGGCAGACAAUGCUCUAUCCACAAGUGAUCAGAGAACUCCAGUGAUUUCAUUGAAGACUCAAGGUUGUUGGGAAAAAACUGGCCACGUGGCAUUGAAUAAGAAGGCAGCAGUAGAUGAAGGAAUGCCAACUUCUGUUUGUCUAGAUGUGCAAAACUCUUCCUAUCUGUCAAAUGAGACAACAAGACUUGAGAAAAACACUUGCAUUGGUGACACUCCAACAAAUGAAGGUGCUGCUGCUUUGAAUGAUAAUAGUGAAAGAUGCACAUCUGUACUUGAGGAGGUGAAUAGCGUUGAAACAAGCUUCAUUGUGGGCAGCGUUACAAGAGAAAGAGGUCAUGAUGAUGUUGCUACCAAUGUUUCUUUAACUCCUACAGUGGAAUGUACCAAUGAUGCAGUCAAUGAAGGGGUGGACAAUACUUCACUCUUAGGUUGUAAAACAACUCCAGUGGCUUCUUUGAAGAGUCAAGGUUGCCAGGAAAAACAGCAACACAUACCUUCAAAUGAGAAGUUUGACAUACUGGUACACAAAAGGCCCUGCUUGGCACAGCUCACUUGACCUUUACACGGAUUAAGAAGAACCUGUGCGAAUUGGUAGGGUUCAGCAGCAGCGUAUCAGUAAGCAGAUUCCAGGAAUGGACUAACUUGAAUCUGCUUUUCACCAGCUUUUCCAUUAAAUGGUUUCUGCACAAUCACAAGCCGUGCCAAAGAGGGCCAAAGUAGUGUUAUGUUGGAUGGUUAUUUGAUGUAAUGGAAUCAUUGGCAUAACUUUAACAAGUAUAACAGUGAUACUGACCCACUGAUAGAUCUUUAAACAAAAACGUUAUCGCACAAUCAACAGUUCAGCAUAAAGGAUCAUCUUUAUCGAAGCCACUUCAAAGUUUUAGCACAUUAAAUGCUUAUCAUGGCAUGUCUUCUGUGUUGUAUGCCCCUUAUGUUUAUUGAUAAAUCAUUUGCACAUCACACAAUCUUUGUAGCAUUACUGAAUUAGUAGGACUGUAGGACUAAGAAGAUUGCAGUUGAUAUCUUUAUACAAGGCAAUGCCCUGUAGACAUUUAUGUGCACAUCUUUAUGUAGCAACAUGUUUCCACAUUAAUAUCAAAGUAUUAACAUAAUUAAGGAAUUGACUAGACUGGUGUAAACAUCACAUAUAAGAUGUUCAUCUUAAAACCACUAAUUAUGGUCCACAAAAUCUCAAGCAUGCUAGGUAAGAGGCAUCUUGCAGUAUUUUAUAUGUUCAUGACUUGUUGUACUUAUACUAUUUGUGUUACUCAUGGUGACAGGUUUGUAUUUAGCAUAUUUCAGCUUGUUAUCUUAUUUGUGUUGCUCAUUUUAUUUAUGCAUGCAUAACAAAGUUGAUUGAUCUAUGCC